UGAACUCACAAUUUCAAGUGAUGCAAUCGUGUCUUGUGGUCAUCAAUUUUUCCCAACCUAAUGGAGCUUAAGCUUACUCCUCAGCAACUGCUAGUCUAUAAUGGCAGCGACCGAUCGAAGCCUCUGUAUGUGGCUUUGAAAGGCUGCAUCUACGAUGUCACAAAAUCCGUUUUAUUGUACGGCCUUGGUGGGUCUUACAACAUGUUCGCUGGCAAGGAUGCGAGCAGAGCUUUGGCCAAGAUGAGCAAGAACGUAUCGGACAUCACCUCGUCGCUCGUGGGCCUUUCUAAGAAAGAAAUCAGUGUUCUCAACGAUUGGGAGAAGAAAUUUCAAGCUAAAUACCCUAUUGUUGGCCGAGUUGUUUGAGUACUUAAGUACAUACAUCAUGAUUCUUAAAUGAAUAACUAUAUGGAAAUGUUAAAAAACAUUUGUGAGAUUUGCACAAUUAAAAUGAUGUGGAUGUACUACUCUUUGAUUGAAGGAGGCAUUCAAUUAUCACAUGAUUCUACUAGGGCAGGAGAGAGUUGGAGCUUCACUCUUAUAUUGUUGUAAUCAAGAGGGAAAAGGAAAUUCUAUUUUUAGUUAUUGUCAAGGAAUGCAAAACUUUAACUUAAAAAAAAAGUAUGCAAAACAUCUUUUUGCUUUUUAAAAUGAGAUGAGAUUUAUGAUUACUACUUU